AUGGCGAAGAAGUUUGCGAAAAGGUUCAUUUUACCUCUUGCAAUCUUUUUCUGGGUCGCCAUUCUUAUUUCAAACCUAUUUUCUUCCCAACACGGAAGACAGACCUAUAGCCCUGCCAAAGACGACACAUCUAUUCGGGUUCCAAUCACCCACCCAUUUAGAAACUAUUCGGAGAAUACUGGUCAACCAUGGACACAUCUAAGCAAAGAGCGUCUGAACACGCUUCAUAUUUCGAAAAAUACUGUUCCGCCUGCUGUGUUAAAACUUACGGCAUAUUGUUUCGACCCAAUCAACAAAUUUACAAAUCACCUUAGGCUUCCUAACUUACUUUACAACAUUUCCAUGAAACCUAGGUUUAGAUCUCCCGAGUCAAGAACAUUCUGGAAUCCAACAAUCUUUGCCCUACCAUACUGGGCAAAGAACCAAUACUUAAUCGUGAGCAUGGUGUACUUGAAGGACCGCGGCUACCGAGCAAAUGUUGUGUGUGAAGCAAAUAUUUGCCAUCCGAGGACCGAAAAUUCUGGAGGUGUUCGAGAGAGGAUGUGUACAGACGAAGACCUAGAUGUUCUUGGCAGUAAUGGAGGGCUCAGAUGCGAAAAUACCCCCAUUGAAGUUAAUGUACCUCCAACUCCUGCAGAGAGUUGCCAGGGAGAUCAGGAAGGACUCGCCGAUAUUGCUGGCUUUCAUGAUCCUAGGAUCUUCUAUUCCGGAAGAGGAGAGCCUAUAUUAAUGUUAUCUUCUCAGUCGAGAUAUGCUUGCAUUGGAUUAUGGUCUAUUGAUCUUCGUUCCGUGUACUCGGGAUUGGGUGAAGUCUUUUCGUCUUCACCGAAAAGAUUUGGGGGACCACUGAAGUCUUAUCCAGUCUUAACAGAACUGACACGAAAUCCACCAGAGACUCGAAGAUCAUACGAGAAGAACUGGUUUAUAUUCUCGCCAACUCCAUCUUCAUCUUAUGUCCACUAUGAACUAACUUCUUCAAAACGCACCUUUGCCAAACUUAUUGGGAGUGGCUUCACAACAGCUAAUUUGACGGACCCGAACGAGAUUUCCUGCCUCGUCGAUGCAACGCCGGAGGAAAUAAGUCUAAAUAGAUACAUGGCGAAUGCUACUUGGCACCAGGCAACACCUGCCCUGAAACUAAUUCUUUGCACUCGAUCCGAUACCACCUGUAUUUCCGAAACGCCAGACACGGUCUUCAUUGCAGCUAUUCACCGCAAACACAAAAACCAUCUAGACUUGCCCAUACGCUACGAAAGAUAUUUUAUCAUGUGGGCAGCGACACCUCCUUUCAGUAUGUUAGCUAUAAGUCAACAUCCAAUUCUCUUCGCAAAUGAAACAACAACUGGCUGGACCGCCGAAGAAAGCUGGGAUGAUAAUGCAGAAGCGUUAUUGGAAGGUCGUCGUUUUUGGGCCAAGCUCACUUAUACCACUACCAUUGCGUAUGCUUGGAGUAAGGAAGACGGGGAUAUAAGAAACAAGGGUACGGGGUUUCUGGAUGAUGAGGUUAUUCUCAGUGUGGGUGUUGAUGAUCAUGAUCAAGUAUAUGGAAGAGUUGUCGUCUCCGAGUUGUUGCAGUGUUUAAGAAUCUGUCCGGGGUUAAUGUGA